AGGAUGCGGGCGACGGCUGCGUCCAGGGCAAGUCGUUCUGCUGGGCCCGUGGAGACCUCAUCGGGAGGGGCUCCCUCGGCCAGGUCUGGAAGGCGCUGGACCGCAGGACCGGCAGGCUGAUGGCGGUCAAGGAGAUGACCCUGGACGCCAGGGACAAGGAUCGGAUGUCGAGAAGUUCCGGACGGCGCUGCAGAACGAGAUCGACCUGUACAGAUCGCUGCAACACAAGAACGUAGUCUCGUAUCUUGGCAACGAUUAUACCCUGAACAAGGCACGUUGGCGGAUAUUUACUUGGAGUACAUGCCAGGCGGAUCGAUCGCACAGGUUCUGUCGCACUUCGGACGCCUGGAGGAAUCGCUUGUCGCACGGUACUCGCGCGAUCUGUUCUCUGGGCUGGACUACCUUCACACUCGAGACCCACCAGUCUUGCACCGCGACAUAAAAGGUGCUAACAUCCUCGUCGGCCUUGACAGCACGGUCAAGCUCUCCGACUUCGGGUGCUCCAAGCGCAGCGAGGGCACCGCUGUGCACACGCUCAAGGGGUCGGUGCCAUGGAUGGCUCCCGAGGUGAUGCGACAGUCUGGCUACGGACGGAAGGCUGACAUCUGGAGCCUCGGCUGCGUGAUCAUAGAGAUGAGCACCGCCGAACCGCCCUGGGGCACCUUCGACAACUGCCUCGCGGCCAUGGUGCGCAUUGCGAUGUCGGACGAGACUCCGCCAGUGCCCGCGCACCUCUCCGAGGCGUGCAGAGACCUGGUGCGGCUCUGUACCAGGAGGGAUCCCGAGCAGCGGCCCACCGCGAAGGACUCCCGGGCACGAGUUUGCAGCCCGCGCCCCCGGCCGAUCCACAAUGGAUGAGAGUUGGGGGACAUAGCCACGGGACAGUCGCCCCGCAGCAGGCGGGGCGGCCGCACGCUGCAGGAGGCGGGGCGCGGCAGGGGUCCGCGCCAGCAGGGCGCGGCAGGGUGCGGCCGGCGGAUGCACAGCAGGAGGGAUAACCUGACUCGCCGGCCAGCGCUGAGGGGCCCGCCCCAGGCGAGCCACGCGCGUACGCACCCCGCGCGCUGAGCGGUCGACCCCGCCCCAGCCUGGCGGGGCCGAGGGCCGAAGAGCUUUCCUCCAGCAGCUCUCUCGUAGGCCCUGUUCGGCCUCUUGGCUCCCUGCAGCCGAGCGCGCGGGGCUGGCCCAGCGACGCGCCAAGGCUUUGCAGGCAGGCUGGCCCAGGUCCCUGACGGACCAUUCGAUUUUUCCUCGCCUUCUUGGCUGCAGGUCACCCGCGGGAGCGGGACGAUCCGCCUCGCUCCGCGCAUCGCGGCCUGGGCCGGAGAGCUGUCC